UAAAUGCAAUCAAUUCUCCAUUGUCACAACUGCACCACCGCAGCUGCAACUGUACACACCACCAUCCCCACAUUAAAGUCUCCCCACCCCCCAUCACUUUCCACUCAUAUCCCCCAUUGCCAUAAACCUUGCCCCAUAUCUCUUUAUGUUCUUAUAUUUGGUGUGUAUGAGUAUGUGUAUGUAUACCCAGAGAUGCAAGACUUGAGCUUUUUGGAUUUUUGCUGAUUUUUGAGGGCUACAAAGGUGUGAUAUACAACUGGGCAGUGUUCAUCAUCAAGAUUGGAGGGGCAUUGGUGGUUGGGUUGCUUAAAGAUUUGAGCUUUGCAUAGGGGGGGUCAUGGAGAUAGAGGCGGCGGGUGGUGGGGGUGGUAGAGGAGGGGAUAUUGAGAGAGGGGUGGUGCAUAGGCAGGGGGUGGCUUACUUGGUGUGGGAAGACUUAACAGUGGUGCUUCCAAAUUUUGGACAAGGCCCAACCAAGAAGCUGCUUCAAGGGAUCAGUGGGUAUGCUGAACCUGGUAGGAUUAUGGCCAUUAUGGGUCCUUCUGGCUCUGGCAAAUCCACCCUUCUUGAUUCCUUAGCAGGUAGGCUGGCCAGCAAUGUUGUCAUGACUGGUAAUAUUCUUCUUAAUGGGAAGAAGAGGCGACUGGACUAUGGUGUUGUCGCUUAUGUUACACAAGAGGAUGUGUUGCUGGGAACACUAACGCCUAGGGAAGCUAUCACAUAUUCAGCCAAACUGCGGCUCCCAACUACCAUGACUAAUCAAGACAUAAAAGAAAUUGUCGAGGGGACGAUCAUGGAAAUGGGGCUUCUAGAUUGCGCUGAUCGGCUGGUAGGGAAUUGGCAGCUGAGAGGCAUAAGUGGCGGGGAGAAGAAGAGGCUAAGCAUUGCGCUCGAGAUUCUUGUGAGACCUCGCAUACUCUUUCUCGAUGAGCCAACUAGCGGUCUUGACAGCGCUUCAGCCUUCUUCGUGGUCCAAGCUCUUAAGAACAUUUGUCGGGAUGGAAGAACAGUCGUCUCUUCUAUUCAUCAGCCUAGUAGUGAAGUUUUCGCGUUGUUUGAUGACCUCUAUUUGCUAUCUGGAGGCGAGACUGUUUAUUUUGGAGAAGCGAAAACGGCUAUUCAGUUCUUUGCUGAAGCGGGGUUUCCAUGUCCGAGUAGAAGAAAUCCGUCUGACCACUUUCUACGUUGCAUCAAUUCUGAUUUCGACAUUGUGACAGCAACAUUAAAAGGCUCAAUGCGGCUUCGUGAAACACACAAAAGCGAUUAUCUGAUGAAUAUGGCUACUGCUGAGAUCAAAGCUAUGCUUGUUGAAAAGUUUAGACGAUCGGAAUACGGUGCGAGGGCCAGAUCUAGGAUGAAAGAACUCUCGAAAAUCCAAGAUAUCGAGAUAGAAACGAUAAAAGGAAGCCAAGCUGGAUGGGGGAAGCAACUUGUGACAUUGACUCAGAGAUCCUUUAAAAACAUGACACGGGAUAUGGGAUAUUAUUGGUCACGCAUAGUUAUUUAUAUACUUGUAUCUAUAAGUGUUGGUACCCUAUUUUUUCGUGUUGGGACCAGUUAUACAGCCAUCUUGGCUCGGGGAGCUUGUGGUGGAUUCGUAACGGGAUACAUGACUUUCAUGUCCAUCGGGGGCUUCCCUUCGUUUAUAGAAGAAAUGAGAAUCUUUACCAAAGAAAGGCUCAAUGGACACUACGGAGUUGGAGCGUUUAUACUAUCAAACUUCCUUUCUUCCUUCCCAUUUUUGGUCGCGGUUUCAGCCAUUACGGGGACCAUCACGUUUUACAUGGUGUUCCAGGCCAGCUUUUCUCAAUACGUCUUCUUUUGCCUAAACCUGUUUGGGUGUAUUGCCAUGGUCGAAAGCUGCAUGAUGAUCGUAGCUUCACUGGUCCCCAACUUUUUAAUGGGAAUCAUUACUGGCGCUGGUGUUCUUGGAAUUAUGAUGAUGACUGCUGGAUUUUUCCGCUUGCUGGCUGAUCUUCCCAAAGUGUUUUGGCGCUAUCCAGUUUCAUUCAUAGGUUACGGCGCAUGGUCCCUACAGGGUGCCUACAAGAAUGACAUGAUUGGGCUCGUGUUUGAUCCAUUAAUCCCCGGGGAUCCAACGCUGAAGGGCGAGGAUGUCCUCAAAACCAUGUUCAAAUUACCAAUGGAUCAUUCCAAGUGGUGGGAUCUACUCGCCUUGUACUGCCUAAUCGUCGUUUACAGGCUCGUGUUCUUCAUCGUCCUCAAAGUAAAGGAACGUGCACUACCAUUCUUCCGGUCUGUAUACGCCAAGAGGACUUUGCAUCGGCUCAGCAAGCGGCCCUCGCUCAUGAGGCGCCCGUCUCUGUCUCUGUCCUCGAAAAGGUACCAUAACUUCCGCUCACUAUCGUCUCAAGAAGGCCUCGGCUCUCCAACUCCUUAGGCACAAAAGGUUCAUUAGGGAGAAAUAAGAUAUGAUAAGAGUGAAGUUUUGAGGCAUUUGUGAUGUUCAUAUACCAUUACUUAUAACAAUUUGUGACAUAUUGUUGGUUUGAUCACUUUGAUCUGAUCAAGUUUCUGCAGUCUUUAUGUUGCAAUGAAAAGUACUUUGUGUAAUAAGUUCUCAUAGAAUUAUCAAUAUACAAUUAUGUGUGUCUUUUUUUUUUUUUUUUUU